AUGACCGAGGUCUGCCACUCCAGCCACCCGAGUCUCAGAGAGGACAAGGCCGGGAUGCGCGCGCGAGGCAGCGCCAGCGAGGUUGAUCCCAGCACACCUUGGCCUGUCUGUGAGGUGCCAGGCCAGGGUAGCGCAGAAGCCGAAAUGCGUGAAUCCGGGGGAGAGCUCAAUCCGUCCAGGCCCCAUCCCGGCUCCCUUGCAGGAACGCCACCAACCAAACAAAUGAUUCGUUUUCUGUUGAACGUCUUUUCUGGUAUCUGCCUUUGGCUCCUACAUGGAGUAGUCCUUGGUAUCUUUGCCACAUCUCUGAUGGACAAGAUAGAUUGGGAGUACAAGGUCAUGAUCCCUGCAAUGCUAGAAAAGGAUAAGCAUAUAGGCAAGUGGGCUUGGUACGAUUUUGUUCUGCAGUAA